AUGUCAGAACUUGCAUUCUUCAACCCUGAAGCAGACAAUAUUUCCCAUGUACCGCAUCGCUUCGAUUGUCAAGCAAAAACCUUACUGUUUAGGUUACAUGUCAACAGAAGGAUACCUCAGCCAAAGUCUACAGACGUCGAUUUUCCCUCCAGGACAGCCUCAUUUUCCCCCAGUCUACAUACCCUACCAUUCAGUCUCCAUCUCCUGCAAGCCCACACCGCCGUUACGGCGAAGGAUUCUAUAUGGACAGGGGUAGGUGUGCGGAUUAGCAUAUCAAGAGCAACCACGAUGAUAAACAUCAAGUUCAAAAGGAUGAUGAGCUGGUCAGCAGCUCCGUUGUAUUCAUGCAGGUGGGGAGGGAUGUUUGGAUGUGACGUGGUGGACUUUGUGAGGACUCGGGGGUUCUGCCUGCUUAAGCUAGGUGAGAACAGCCAGCUGUUGUUGAGGUUGUGUUUGUUUACCUACCUUUGUUGUGCUGGUACGGAUGUGUGA